AAGAUAUCCCGCCACAUUCUUUUUGACUGAGAAAUUCAAAAUGACGGGUAUAAAUUAGAAAUGGAAAUGCAAUUGGGAGAGAGGAAGAAGACGAUGGCAGAGGAUCCGAUUUCCAGCUUCUGCAACGCAUUGGCUGCUUUCUGCAACCACCUCCACUCCUCUUCCGAUGCUCUCAAGCAAUCCAUCGAUCGCCGACCUAUUCCUCUCGAUUCCGCGUCGUCUAUCUUCACGCAAUGCCUGAAUCGCCGCGUAUCCGCCGCCACCGCCGACCUCGAUAUACUCGACUCCAUGUCCUUCGGCACUGUCUCUUUCGAAGAGCUCCUAGGUCACUGCAACGAACUUUACAAGAAGAACCGCUCCGAUCUGCUUCAACUCCAAGAGCGUCUCCAGAGCCGCGGUUACACUCCUGUUCCGGAUAUUGAGGAGGAAGAGGAUGAAGUCGAGGACAUACAACAUCAGGAUCCGGAAGACAAAUUGGAUAGUCCGUCUUCUUUCUAUGGACCACUCUCCGCUGCCGAUCCUAGCUUCAAAAGUUUCGAAGAAGAUGCUUUACUUGAUGAAUCUUUGAGUUUGAAAAAGUUUGGGCUGUCAGAUGCAUAUCUAGCCACCUUAGCAUCUGAAGGUGAUUUGUCAUCACACGAACCUGACAAUAAAUUACAAGAAUUUAGGCAGCAAGAUCAACCCGUUGUGUCAUCUGAAGGAAGCAAGUUCUUACCUAUUGAGAAUGAGAAUUUAAAGACAGCCGAAGUUCCGAGUCCCAGGUUACAGAUAUUGAAGAGCGAAUUUGAAUGUCUUCCUGCUUACAUGAAGGGUCUAGCGUCAUGGGAGGAUCUACUUGGAGCUGUUGACAAGAUUAAUUCCAGCCUAAGCAAGAAGACCAAUGGAUGCAGCUACUUCCACCAAGAUGAAAUCCCCUCAUUUGAAUUAGGGCCUAAAACAAGAUCAUACUUGCUACUUCUGGUGCGCAUGAACCGAUUGGUUGUUGAGACUAUUGAUGGUAUACUAUCGUACAGAGUAUUGUAGAUACGAGAUCCAACGGAGAACCGUUUUUCAUCUCCUAAUUCACUUUUUCGUUGACAUUCAUAUUCCAAGAAGCACGAAGCCUGAAAACGAACUCAGCAAAUAGUGAGCACUCGUUUUAAGUGUUAGGGUAUUCUGUACUUUCAUAAUUCUUUCUACUUUCCGUCUUCUUGUAUUUGAUGUGAGGCUAUGAUACAAGCCACAUGCUUGGAAAAAGUAUAAAAUUACAUUUGUAAUUUAUAAUAUAUUUCAAGGGAGAACACCCUCUGAGGAAUUUUUUUAA